UGUAAGCCCCCAAAACAUUUUUCUAAUUUUAGUUAUUGAAGUCCGGUUCUAGAUCGGUGUUCAAAUGUGUGUAGAUUGUAUUACAAAUCUUGCCCACAAUGCAGGGCGAAUGGGGUGCUCACAAGUUAUAGGACAUUUAAAGACAUGUGUGACUGAUACGGUAAAGUCCUUAACAAAAGUAAAUAUUCAUCUCACUGGUAUUGGAGUGAAGAGUGUGCAUCUUCAUUAUAUUGAAUUUGCAGUACGUAUCUCUAUCAAAAAUCGUAUAUUAAACCAUCUCCCCAUUCCAAAUAUCUCCUACAACUUCAAAAUGGGUGGCAGAGAAGUUUCAGCGGGAGAAGUAAAUUCUGAAUCAUUAGACGCAACCGAUAAAACGAAUAUGGAAUUCAUACUGAAGGUGCCAUAUAAUAUAGUAAUUAGCAUCGUAAAGGAUGUUGGUUCAGAUGGAGAUGUUGACUAUGAAAUUCAUGUAAAUCUAACAUUUCAUGUCCCUAUCAUUGAUCAUAUUACAAUUCCUUUAUCUAAGUCGGGCGAGAUCAAACUCCCCCUUCCAUUCUCCUCGGCUCCUCCUACUGAAGAUUCUACCGAAGGCAGUCAAGAAGAGUCCUCAACCCAGGACUGAUUACCGGCGCACGCAUCACAAGUUUGACUACGAGGUAAACUUGGGUCUGACCGUUGACCUGCCCGUCAGUGGAGACGGAGACUUUACCCUUCCUCUAUCCACUUCUAUUCCCUCUGUAUCCCACCUCCUCUCUGUGUAAUAACUAGGAGUGGUAGAUACAUGAAUGUAUUUCAGGUUAUUUUAAGAAAUUUAUACUAAUAUUAUCCAUUAAAAUAUAUCUAUUCUAAAAGUAGAUUGUAAA